CCACCACGCCACUGAGCUGAGUAGUGCAGUUGAGGAUUCGCGUGUUUUGUUUUGUAUUUCUGCUUCUGAUCAACAAACGAAAAAGACGAUCAAAAAUUAAUGGAAACCAUGAGGCUUUCAUCUUCUUUCACCAAAUACUCUUCUCUCUCCUCCUAUUCUUCUUUUUCUUCUUCCUCCUCUGCUCUCCUCCAAACCAAAUCAAAGAAUUUCAUUUCCUUGAAAAGCGUAUUCCCUGCGAAUUCGAUUCCCAAUGGAAACCGAAAUCUCACAAUCGUCUCUGCUUCUAAAGCCGACGAUGGACCUCAACAACAACAACACUCUCCUUUUUGGGGAGGUGAAUCAUUCUUUAGGAGUGUGUUGGCAAGUAUGGAAAGUGUGUAUUUAAAUAAGAAUCCCACUGCUAAAGCCAUCUUGGAGCGUGUUCAUUCAGUUGAUAAUAAUCAAAUAUGCUAUGAUCAUCUCGCGUUUAGGACAUUUGGGGUGAAUGGUCAUGGCAUUGGUUCUAUGGCAAACUUUUUUCUGGAUUUUGGUUAUACUCAACGGGAAGAGUUGAGAUUUCCAGCGAAGAAGUUAAAAGCUCUGUGGUUUUCUCCUCCCAGCCUUCCAGUUUCUGAUGGUGGCAGUGGUGUUAAUGGUCCUUUGCCUAGAAUAUUUAUAUCAGAAUUGCUUGUAGAUCAAAUGAGUCCUCAAGCUCAGGAAAUAAUUAGAAAAUACACCGAAAUAUCAGGUCGCGGAAACAAACAAGCAGCUCUUGCAAGUGCACUGGGCUCUUUGACAUGGGAAAAGCCCUUAUAUUCUGAAUUCCAACAAUUGGCUAGGGAAAGUGAAUAUGCUGCCUGGACUCUUGUCAAUGGUUAUGCAGUUAAUCAUGUCACUAUAUCUACGCAUCAUCUGAAAUCUCAAUUGGGGAAUAUCAAAAGCGUCAACCAAUUUAUUGAGGAGAGUGGGUUCAAGUUGAACUCUGAAGGAGGUGUUCUAAAGGUGAGCCCUGAUGGAAUGCUGCUGCAAAGUUCGACCGUGGCAGAUUCAGUCUCGUUCUGUUUUUCUGAUGGCAUCACAGAGUCUGUCCCUUGUUCAUACAUUGAGUUCGCUGAGCGCCUCAUACUACCACAGUUCAAGAAUUUACCCGAAAAAGAGGUGAGGGAGUUCCAUAGGCGAGAUGGAUUUGAGGUUGGAAGCGCUGACAAGAUAUUUGAGAGCACGUCGAAGGAACAGUUGACCAGAAGAGCUUGAUGAGAGAGAGAGAAGUUAAAUCAUUUGGCAAAAUUAAGAGGAACAUGUAAGUAUCGUUCAUUAUAUUUAGUCAGACGAUGUAAACAAGUGGUUUUAUAAACUGUGAUGUGUGAAUAAAAUGUAAGGAAUAACGAACUUAAGAUUCUAGUAAUCUUUGGAUUGUUUCAGAUGUGCAUGUGUUUACAUUUCAUUUCAUUGUA